CAGUACCGUACGGCAUCGAAUACCCCGAACGACACGAUACGACACGACACGAUACGAUACGAAGAUACCAGACCGCAAUGAGAGGCGUCAAAACCAGCAUUGCAAAUUCGUUUAUCGUUGCCCCAUUGUUGCUGUUAUCUUGUUUUGUUUCGUUUGUGGUCGAACGAGUAGAAGCGACGGCAACAGAAGCAGCGACACCACAGCCGGAACACGAAGCAUCUUGCCCAAACCAGGACACCGGAGACGAUGAUGCUGCAGCAGAGGAAUUCCUGGCCCUCUGGGAGAAAUCCGACAGAUCACAUCCCGUCUAUGAAAGCCUCGUCGACCUMUCAGCGAUCAGUGCGGCGCUUCACUGCGACGACGACACCGGCGAAGAUCCACGCUUCCCCACCGACGCCAACUACGCGCUCAUGAUAGAAGCCUACGUGCACGCCAGCAAACUGAACCCGAACCCGAGGGGCAGGCCCCCCACCGCCACCGAAUACAACCCGGAGGCCUUUUUCGUCCCCGUCGAGGUUCGCGCCAGCAGCGAGAUGGGUCGUGGGGUCUUUUCCCUGGGGGACGUUGCCAAGGGGACCAUGGUGAACCGCCCGAGCAACGCUAUGGAGUUCUACAACAGGGAAACCWUUAGGGAUUAUAUCGYCUAUCUGCUACGGAAGCGCUCGCCGCAGCUGAUCUGCGACUCCUUUGAGUGGUUCUACKCGACGAAGGCGUCCAGCGAACCCAACGACUACAUCAUCUGUCUUGAUGCGGACGAUGCCUCGAUGAUCAACAGCGCCCACGACUCCCUCUGGGACGAAAGCCAGGACGACGACGACGACGACGACGACGACGGUUUUUCCGGCAAAUCCACCAGCGAUGGACGCAUCAUGGUGGAGGAAGACGGCGUUCUCUACGAAGGCGUAAUUGACAGCGACGGACGCAUCAUGGUGGAGCAGGACGGCGUUCUCUACGAAUUCCAAGUCGAUGGCGACGACGAUGGACACCAAGGGGAUGCCGAGGUACAGAACAAGAAAGACAUCCCGACCGCUGCCGAAAUGCACAAUACCAACAUCGGACAACACAUAGUCGUUCAAGCAAACAACAAUGUCAGGACGCUAUACGGGUGCCAGGAACCUCCGGUGUACGCCCUGAGGGACAUURAGGCGGGGGAAGGUACGAUUCACUCAUUUGUGUUAUAUUCUUUUGUUGAGUGCUGUGCUGCGGUGUUAUCGUUCGUUGUGCUCCAGAACCAAAAAUCGUUUUUGGCAACGAUGCUUGCUACUUCCACGCUCGCUCACACACAACGGGCAUCGUCUUUUCUCGAUUGGAUUGAAUUGGAUUGAAUUGAAUUGAAUUGGAUUGGAUUGAAUUGAAUUGGAUUGAAUUGGAUUGAAUUGAAUUGAAUUCCGUUUCGCAACAACAACAGAGUUAAGAAUGUCUUACGGCGACUUUUCCGAACCUGAAGGCUUUUGGUUCCUGGGGGUCGAGUACCCGCAAUAGCACCAACGAUACAGUCAUUGGUUGACCGGGCGACCGGCUGUUUGGCAAGCCACAGCAAACAAAACGAAAGCAAUCUCGUUUGGUACGUCUUUUGCGAGAGCCCUUCUCUGUGCGCACGAAGCAGAAAACCGGCCGAGAGGGUCCCAGCGGUCAUUUUGAUAUGCCUGUCCUACACAGCCUAGCCAAAGAGUAGAAACCUCUGAGGAUGCCUUCCAUGUUCAAGAGAAGUAACUAGUCUACUGGCUAUUUUACUUAACUAGSAACAUUAAGAAAUGAAUUCCAACCACGCAUGCAGACAUCAUUUGUUMCUAURCUCUUGCACUCAUUGACUGUGUUCUAAACCAUAAUGAAUCAACAGGUUAAAC